AUGAGACAGAGCCAGCUGCAGACCGAGGCAGCGGAUUCCUCUCAUCACAGAAGUCGUGUGGCCAUUAUCGGAACUGGCCUGGCUGGCCUGACGACGGCAUACCUGGUCCACCAUGAUCAGCGAAAGCGGUACGACGUGACGCUUUUCGAACAGGCAGACACGCUGUCUCUCGACGCCGCUUCGGUGACGCUCAACAAUGCAAAGACGGGCGAACGUGAGCGCGUAGACCUCCCCCCCCGCAGCUUCUGCAGAGGCUACUACAAGAACCUGUGCCGCAUGUACGAGCACCUAGGCAUUGGCUUUCAACGGAUUCGCCUCAUCUGGGUCUACACCAAGUCAUCGUCGACGUGGCAAACCGAGCCGACCGCCGAACCGAGAAGGGCAGACGCAAUGCCCGGCACCUACUUCACCUACAACAGGCGGCUGCACGAACUUCUCCUUCUAUCGCCCGAUUUCUGGCACAGCUCCCUGCGGCGUAUCCUUCACACCUUUUAUCUGGCCAUAUGCCACCUGUGGUUCUUGAUGGCCUGCUUCCUUCUCCGGCCACGGACGAGUCGGCCAGAGCCGUGCUUGGAUGCGGCGGCGGCUGCUGCUGCUGCUUCUGCUGCUGGAAAAUCACCCAGCGGCUGCGAGACCUUGCAGCAGUAUCUGCACAGGAUACGGCUGCCGCACCAGUAUUACGUUUACUACCUGCUGCCCGUGCUCAGCGUUAUAUGUAGUUGCUCACACGCGGAAAUGUUGGACUUUCCAGCCAGCGAUGUCGUCAGCUUUGUAAAGGGGUCCUUCCUCCGAAAGACGUUUGUUCCCCAGGGCGGUGUCAACCGCGUUCAGUCGACGCUGUCCAAGGGAAUCAAAGACGUUCGUCUGGGAGCACGUGUUACGCAGGUGGCCCGCGUUGGCCAGCAAGGCGUUCUCGUGCGCUGGCAACAGACAAACGACGGAGGGUCUGGGUCUCGUUCUGCCGAGGACGUGUUUGACCGCGUGGUGCUGGCCGUGUCGCCCAACGCUGCCGCCACCAUCUUCAGCCCGUCUAGAUGCACGCUCAGCGUGAUCCCCACGGCUCCCGUGACGAGCUCGAUCCUGGCGCCGCCGUCGGGUGAUGUAUCGGUUGCAGGUGCCCCGUCGGGAGGAGCGUGCUCCUAUCGUCUCGGCGACGCGCAGGUCAUGGAGUUCAGGACCACGUUCCACGGCGGCGCGGCCCAGUCCGAGUCGUCCCACUUCUUGCGCAGCGGAGUGGUCAUCAGGACGAGCCCGUCGGCCUGCAUCGCAGAAGCAGAGCGCAAAGGGGUCUUGCACGUGUCGAGAUUCACCCGCACGCUACGGACCACACGGAGUAGGGGCAUGGUGCAGAGGGUGAUGGGCGGCAAGGGCACGUGGGCACCGGGCGACGAGGAAGUAUGGGUGAAUGGCAAGGACAACGUGUGGAUAGUGGGUUCCUGGUGCUGGGACGGCCUGGUGUUGUUGGAGGGAUGCGUCGUCUCCGCAAUGAAGGUUGCGGAGGAUUUCGGCGUCGGUGUUCCGUGGUCUGAGUGA